AUGCCAGCCCUUCCGCCAGUCCUCCUCCACCACCGCGCCGCAGACUCCCGCCUGGUCGAAUCCCGGCAACUCCACGAUGUGUUAGACAAGGCUGCGCACUCCGCUGGACAACUGCUCAAGAGGAUACCGCGGAUACUCCCCCGACAGAAUGGCGGCAUCUUGGCCAUACCUACUCAAUACGCGGGCCUCAACGCCGGCCCUGCACCUGGCACAGUCGUCGGCAUCGUUCUAGGCAGCAUUGCCGGUUUCCUCCUAAUCAUCUUGCUGCUCUGGAUCGCGAGCUCAGGCUCAGGCUUCAUCCGAUCAACAGCGCUCACCGAAGAAGAUGUGAUCGUGCGGCGAAGAUCGAGAAGUCGCGGAACAAGACGGAGCCAUCGUACCGAGAUGACCAGCCGAUCGCCGCGGCGAGAGAGGGUCGUUCGGAAAGAACGGAUAGUCCGCGACAGUGUCCCUCCACCACGAGAACCAAGUCGGAUACGGGAAACAAUCCUUGUGAACGAAAGCCGGCCGCCGCCGGAAAGGAGGGUGGAGGGCGACGAUAUCGUGGAGGUGAUUGAGGAGCAUUCUUCUGUGGGAGUGCCUCCGCCGAAGAGAAAGACGAGAAGGAGCAGUGGAUACAGGUAA